AUGGUGUGCGUGCCCGGAUCUCUUGGGGACUCCGGAUUUCACCGGGAAGAGGCGCCGUCGGAUAUCGGAUCGACGAAGACGCUGCUGAACAAAACGAGAUCCGCGGAUCGACAGAGUGCUCGGAGGACUUCUGUCGACGGAAUCGAGGGCGAUCUGGAGACAGAUCUAGAAGACAAACCUCAACAUCCUCCCCAGGUCCCUUCGGGGACCCCGGUGGAUCUUGGUGCGAACCGAUAUUCACUAACAAAACAAACUAAGGUGGGAUCGGACCGGUACGCGUUCGCUGACUCGCCGAUCAGGCUCGAUCCGAACUACCUGGACGCGGUCGCGGACAAGGCCCAGGCCGUGAGGAAGAAGCUGAGAGCGCCAGGCUUGGACAACGAAGAUCCCAGACCGUCGGUGCUCGACUGGUCUGAGGCUGACCUGGAUCGUCAGUAUCACUUGAAGGAACUGCGAGACUUCUUGCGUCAAGAUCCUGUCAUGGUGAUCUUGCGGCCAGAGCAGAUCGACGACCCGAAGGGCCCGAUCUCGGCCCCCCGAGUGACGGACAACAAGCUGAUGGCGGUGAAGAACCUGCUCGGGCUGUUGAAGGAAGCCGCUUCGUGGCUGGUGCCUUUGAAGCGAACGAUCUUUUCGAUCAAGAUCUCGAUGUGA